UGCUAUGAGGGAAGACAUAGGGGGUACACUGAUGUUAUAACUAUUUAAUGUAGAUAAUAUUGAUGUUUACAUGAACAGACAAUUUAGUCUAUGAAGUUUGUGAAUGGUCUUCAGUCAUUGGUCUGGAUGAACAUCUUGCAUCUAAUAACUGCAGCUAAACAAGAACCCUCCCCCGUUCUACAGAAAUUACAGGAAUCAUGUAAAACAUCAGGGACCUGUGAAGUACACAUCCCUAAGGAGGAACUCAAAUCCAGGUUAACUCCCAUGCAGUAUCAUGUGACACAGGAAAAAGGAACUGAAGGGAAAAAUUCUGGUCAGUAUGUGCACAACAAAGCAGAAGGACUUUAUACCUGUGUGGUUUGUGGGAACCAGUUAUUUUCGUCGGAAACAAAGUUUAAUUCUGGAUCAGGAUGGCCUUCAUUUUAUGAUGCUGUAGACAAUGACAGGAUAAAGCUGGUAAAGGACACUUCACAUGGUAUGCAGAGAUUAGAGGCUAAGUGUGUAGACUGUGGUGCUCAUUUAGGUCAUGUAUUUGACGACGGUCCAAAGCCAACACAAGUUAGAUACUGUGUUAAUUCUGCAUCUAUGUGCUUUAAAAAACAUACAACUGUGUGACAACGAAGCCUUACAGAUGGACUUUAAAUGGCAUCCAUAUCUUGACAUGUGAAGAAAGUACAGUACAUUAAAGAAAAAGAUAACACAUAUAACCGCUAUUUUAAGCUUGCAUUGCUGCUUAAUUAUAAGAAUUUUGUUGCUUUUCCUUUUUGCAAUGAACAUUAUAUUAUUUUAUCCUUAGUAUUGAAAAUUGAAUUUGAAAAUUUGUCCUGCGAGCAGGAAUUCUGUAAUUAAGUUAUAUAUGAUUGUAAAUUGUUUAAUACUAAUAAAUCUUACACACAAAGUGUCAUAACUCUUACUACAAAUUCUACCUCUCUACCUGUUUUUCCCCACUGUUUUGUUAAGUUUUUUUCAACUGUAAUAUGUAUUGAAUCCUAAAUUUAAUUAUGUACUAAUUUAUGUAGCAAUAACAAAGUGCAAUUGUCUGAUUAUGAUUUAGAAUGCACAUGUUUAGAUUUAACUGAAUGUGUACAGGUACUUUGUAGUAAUUUUCUCCACCUUUUUACAUAAGAUUUACAUGUUUUUACACAUUUUGAAUUGACUAAAGGAGGGUAUGCUGCUGGAAUCCCUUUCUUUGGAUCCAUAGCUGUUACCUAUCUAUCUAUUUAAGUUUACAUGUCAUGAAAAGUAAUUAAAAGUGCCUUUAACUCUUUAUUUAUAAAACAAUUUAUGGAACAGUCCUAAACAAAUUUGGUAUGAUUUGACAGAUAAAAUGUUGUAAAUAAAACUCAUGCAGUUGUGUAACUUAUUUUCUACCUUUGUAGUUUUACGUCAAAAAUAACAGGAGAAACAUAGUAAUCAUCGCUAUUUUCUUACAUUUAAGUUAAGCUAGAAUAGGUUGAAAUGGGUUUCAGUUUAUUUCAAAAUUUGAAUAAACGGUAUUUAUUGAACAUUAUGACAAGCACAGCAGUAGCAUAAUUUGGAAAACAAUUUUAAAUGGUGAUUUGGAAUUUGCUUAACUUGUAAAUAGUUUAUGCUUAUUGUUUUGUCUUUAAUAUCUAAUGAGGUGAUGAUUAGCCAUAGUGCCAAUAUAUGCAUGGUUUGUUAAUACAUUGUAAUCACAUGAUUGUAACUAAUGGUAUAGGACCAGAAGGAACCUAUUCUUUUUAUAUAUUUCAUUUUUUCAAUUUUUUUAGUAGUUAAUUAUGAAUUCAUUAAUUAUUGUUCAGAGGCCUAACUUCCAUACUAUUACUUUUGCUUUAAAUCAUACUUUUUAAUUGAUAAGAUAGAUAUUUCUUGAAUGAACAAAGGCAAAACAGGAGAACAAUAUUAUUAAUCCUUGUGAUAUUAGGUAUUAUUGGUUGCAAUGAAGUACUGUGAUUUUCAAGUCAAAUAAAAACCUAUAAUUUCACAUGUAAACUACAUUUUACUACUCUGAAAUGUAUUCUCAAGUUCCCAAAAAAGUUGCAUUAAAGGAUCAAAGUAAUAAUGUAUAGAAAAGUUCCUUGUAAUGUUUACUUUAUUUACAUAAAAAGUCAAUGUAUUAAAUAAAAGAAUAUUUAAUCCCAAAAUUCAAACAUGAAAUAAUAUUCAAUUUUGUCUGAACAACAUGGACAUCACUGAAUUAAUGUUUUGGUAGAUAACUUGACGGAUACUAUGUUAUAAUUGAAUUCUGGGAUUAUUUUUUUUCAAAAAUAUUUUCUUAUUACAUGUAUGUAUUGUAAUAGAGAUGUCAUUACUUUAUUACAUGUAUGUAUUGUAAUAGAGAUGUCAUUACUUUAUUACAUGUAUGUAUUGUAAUAGAGAUGUCAUUACUUUAUUACAUGUAUGUAUUGUAAUAGAGAUGUCAUUACUUUACCAUCAAUGUACAACACUUAUCAAUGGUUGUUAAACCAGUCACUUUUUAGAUUAUUAUAUAGUUGAAGAUGAAAUUAAAGUUGCCCUGUAAAGGAUGGAGUUAUCAUGAAAUAAACUCCAAUUGUUAAUCCUAAAGUUUAUAGUUUUCCCUGAAUUAGAUAUUUUUCAUGACAUUGAAAUUGAAAAUAUUGAUAAAUUUGGUGUAUUAUUCCAAUAAUAUAUGACAAAGGAUGUACUUAUAUAGAUAAUUUUAUUUAUUUGAUGUGUUAGCUCUGUUUACAGAUUUUUAUGUAACCUGUAAUUGUUUAUUUAAUAUGUUAACUAGUCUCAGAUUUUAUUUGUUAGUUUUUAUAAGACCGCAAAAAUUUGCGACCGUAUAAUGGUACAGCAAUGUCGUUGUCAUCCGAAGACAUUUGGUUUCCAGACAAUAACAUGAGUAUAAGUGUUUGGAUCUCUCUGAAAUUGUGUACCACCAUAAUGUUCCAUACCACAAAAGGAAAGUUGGGAUUGAUUUUGGGGGCUAUGGUCCUAACCUUUUAAGAUUGUACCACAAGGUUCCAUACCACAAAAGGAAGGUUAGAUUGAAUGUUUUCAAGUGGGUCCAAAUUAGGAUGCAACAUUAAACUUUGAUUGAUUUCAAUAUGCUGAAUCUAAUAAUGUAUUUAGAUUUUGGAUUCUGGGCCCAUUUUUCAAAUUGGUCCACAUCAGGGUCCAAAGGGUCCAAAUUUAAACUGUAUUUGAAAAAUUAAAUGAUAGGGGUUUUUGCCAUGUUGAGUUGCAUAUAUUUGAUCAAUUUUCAUUUGUUUUGAAUUUUGAAUGGUUGUAAAAGCAGGAAUAUUGUAGAAUAAACUAAAUUAAAAGUUUCCAUUUAAUGUUUCUUGUAAUUUGUAAAAAAAAAUAAAUAUUUAUAUGACAUUUCUUUGUUAAUUUACCUGUUAAAUAUUGAAAUCUGGGAUGAAUAUUAAGACUGAUGAUCAACAUGACCAAAUGCAGAUUUAUGUUAGCAGCUUUAUAAUUAUAUCUAUUUAUAUAUAUAUAUAUAUCUGUAAGUCUCUUUUAUAGUAUAUUUUUAUUUGAAGUUUUGCUAUGCUGUUGUAUGUUUGACAUAUCUUGUAGGAAUAAUAGAUCUCAGAUAAACCUCUCCACUAUUAAUGUGCUGUAUGAAGCAUGUAAAACAUAUAAUCUACAAAAUUAAAUGUGCCAUAUUCAAAUAUUAAUUUGUAUAACUGUUUUCCAAAAAUUAAUUGAAACUAGAUAAGUUGUAAUGUAUGAGUUAAACACAUUUAAUACUGCAAAUACUGAGAACUACAGUUUGAAUUGCAUAGAAGAUUUUUUUGUCAUGGCUUUUUAAAAGAGCUGUAGUGAGAGGGUGUCUGAACUGAAAUCUCUUACAGAAUUCAUUUUGUAUGUUGAAAUAGGACUUAAAUCUAUUCAACAAAAAAAUUUCCUCUGGAAAUAAGAAAAUAAGUUGUUUGAUGAGGUUUCAUCACUAUCAUAUCCUUUGUUGGUGGUAUAAUACUACCACAUAAAGUAUCAAAUAGUUUCUUUCCCUUCAAUUUGAAUCAGUACUAAUCAAGUAGGAUAUAUAAAUAAUUUCCCUUAACACAGUCUAAUACGCCAACAAGAUGUUUUUAUAAAGCAAGUUUUAUAUGUCUCAGUUAUACAACCUGACAUGUCAACAAGAUUUUCUGUUUGUGGAUUUUUCAGAGCAAGAUUGUACGUCUCAGUAACACAGCCUGAUAGGUCAACAAGAUAAGACCUUGACCUUAUGCUCCAUUGGUUUGGUUAAGGUCUAUUCCUUUAGCAGAUUUACAUAGAAGAUCUAAAAUAUUUGGUAUUAGGACCUGUUACAAAGAUUGUAUGUCAGUCUUAUUAUUGUCCAUUACUUAUUUUUCAUACUGCAGAUGUCCGCUUAAUUUUGUGGAUAACGUAGGUAUCUCAGAAAAUAUACAUCAAAGUUUAACAUUAUUUUGAAUGUGUAUUCUAGACAUUCAUAGGCAUCUUACAGGAUUGAAUUGACUCUAAAGUCGUAUGUUUUAUAGUUUAUUGACCUUUAAAAUAACUUAAAAUUUACAGCUUUCAAGAUAUUUCUUUUCUGUUUGAAGUUUUUAUGUGAGCUUUGAUUAAUAAAUGCUGUGAUUUUAUGGAAUUUUAGCUAUCUUGUUUAAUAAGAUGGAUUUAUAACUUAGCAGAGCAGUGGUAUAUAGAACAAGAAAGAACAAAUGCUUAUCUAAGGUAUUAAUUGUUGAUUAAUGGUCAGAUGAAAUUUCAAAUGAUUGAAUAAAAUUGUUGAUGAAAUGAGCCUCCUUUUCACAACAAAUAUGUAUAGCCACCAUUAACAAACUUCAUGUAUUGGUACUUUAUUUAUAGGUAAAAAAAAUUUGGAAAUUGUUUUAUUUUACAACAGUUACCAUAGACAUAUUUUACAAAAGUAACUGGAUUUUUUAUUUAAGAUAAUUUUAUGUAAUAGUUGUUUUAUUAUUUUAUUUUCCCCACGUUUUUCCUCAUUUUUUUUAUUGUUGAUCAUAAAAUAAAUGAAAAUAUUUGCCAUGCUUUAA